AUGUAAAAAAAUACAUCUGAUUAAAUUCUAGAAGUUAGCAAAACUUUCUUCAACUUUUAAAUUAUUCAAAAAAAAUAAGGAGAGUGCUUUUGCGUUUACUCUAAAACAAUCUCACUUUUUGAUAAUUUUAUAAUUUAACCAAUUCAUUCAAGUAAGCAAAUAUAUAAUAUUACUUUUAUUAAAGCAUAAAGAAUAGCAUUAGUGCAAUUUGCAAUUGAAAAUAAUUUUUUUAAGUGA